GGCAGCCCGGUAGGCGAUUCGCUAUUCAGUUCAAUUCUAGUCACCAAUCGCACCAUGAAACUCGUCGCCUUGCUCCUAGUAGCUGCCGUAUCGGUGGCCGUCAACGCCGCCCCGGCCUCGUCCCCGGCCAAGAAGAACACCGUGGGUGACUUGAUCGCCGUGGUUAAGGAAUAUGCUCCCAAGUUCGAAGAGCUCAGCCUGGAAAAGGAUCAGCUGCUCCAGUUUGCCCGUACCGGCCUGUUCGCCACCUACCGCGACAUGAACGAAGAUCUCCUGGUCAGCUUGGGCAACGCUCGCAACGCGGUCGAAUACGGCUUCGAUGAGGUUCGCACGUACAUCGCCGCUAAGCUGCUCGACGGAGGCGAUGAGGACUGUCUGCUGGAUCUAGUUUCCCAGAUCGUUGCCGAACAACGUGUUCUGGCCUCCGCAAUGAGCCUGUGCUCUUCGUUCACCACCGUCGCCAAGGACGACCUAUCGUACUCGUUCCACGAAAUGUUGGAUCUGCUACAGCGUCUAUCGACCGCUCUGAGCGAGUACGUCCUGUGGUCCUUCUCCACCCACAACUCCGUCAGCGAUCCGGAGGAUCACGCCGAAUAUCUACGCCGCACCUACCAGGAAUCGGCUGACAUGUGGGACCAGCAGGUUCUCCCACUGGUUCAGUUCCAGCUCGAUGCCAUGGAGUACAACAAGCCGCUGAUCAUCGCCGAGAACCAGAGCUGCCUGGACAAGCUGGUCGAACAGGUGGACACCUUCGAGGAGUACAUCCGUGAGCAGAUGUACUACUGUACGGCUCCGCUGAAGGCCUAAGGAGGAGUGCCGUGCUCAGCAGAAUGGGUUAAAU